AUGGCAGUAGCAACAUUCGUCGUCGGAGCGCGCCCUAUUCUGCUUGCCCUCUGUGCAAUCAUAUUCAUAGCAGCUGCUCUGAUACACCGGCUCUUCUUUGCACCACUGUCAAAAAUCCCUGGGCCCAAACUCACAGCGGUGACUCAUCUAUGGCUCAUGUACCACGAAUUCAAAGGCGACAGGACAAUUCAGAUCGAUAAUCUUCAUUCAUGCUAUGGACCGGUGGUACGAGUCUCUCCGGAUGAAGUCUCUUUCAACAAUUACGAAGGUUUAAGAGAGAUCUACGGCAUUAAGUCGACUUUCAGCAAGAGCUCAUUUUAUGACCUAUUCGUAUACUACAACGAGCGGAACACUUUCACGAGUCUGGACAAGGCAAACCACUCGGCCAAAAAGAGGCUGGUCGCAGAUCGAUACACCAAGAGCUAUGUGAUGCAGCCGUCCGUGGCUGACAAAGUACGCGAGCAUGCUUCUGCAUUCAUGAAGCAAUUAGCAAUCCAAGGACCAGUUCUCGAUGUCUACACAUGGCUACAUUAUUAUGCGCUUGACGCUAUCACGAACCAUCUCUACGGUAGCUACGGGACCCGAACCCUCUCGAACCCCGAACAUAGACCGAUUGUCUACGAUCUCUCUGGCGUCAAGCAUCGCACACGUCUGUAUAUGCUACAUUACUUCUGCUGGGUGAUGUGGCUCACAACGCAGCUCAAACUAGUUGUACGCAAGCUCAGCGGCAAAAGCACCGCGUUCCACGUCCGCGGCAGCCGCCUAAACGACUAUGGGAAAGAUAGCGUCUCGUCAUUCCGUUGCGACCAGACCACUAAAGAUACCAUAUCAACAUGUUCUAAGCUCUUUAGCCAGAUCCCUGAUAACGAGCCCGCUAUCGCCGCUGAGUGUAUGGAUCACCUAGUCGCGGGGGUUGACACAACCGGAGACGCUAUGUGCAUAUUGAUGUGGCGGAUCUCGACACCGGAGUAUACACAUGUACAAGACGCUCUCUUCGACGAGCUGUCGAGCAUUAAGGACGCCUUCAACCCUGUAACGCAGACCGCGCCGAUCAACGCGCUCGAUAAACUACCAUACCUUGAUGCCGUGAUCCACGAGGCAAUGCGCUGGCGCCCUCCAGUACCCAUGACACUGUUCCGCAUCGUGCCUCCCACUGGCGCCGUGAUCUCGGGCUACGCCAUCCCGCCCAGUACCACGGUCGGAUGCCAGGCGUACAGCCUGCACCGGGUGGAAGAAGUUUUCCCUAACCCCCAUGUCUUCGACCCGGCGCGGUGGAUGACUGACGACACAACGCAGCUUGCGGCCAUGCGCACGCACUUCUGGCCCUUCAGCUCUGGCGGCCGUAUGUGCUUGGGACAUAAUCUUGCCAUGGUCGAGAUGAAGCUCAUCGUCGCUGCCGUGUACAUGCACUACACGACGCGAGCAACGGCAGAGGCCACCGAGGAGAGCAUGCGCAUGGACGAUCAAUUGACAAGUGGAGUACCGUAUGCGCUGAGCUGUCCCUUGGAAUUCAUUGCGCGGUAA